AUGUGCACUUUAUGUAGAUUUUCAAAAUCACACUGGCACAUUUACAACAACCAAACCCAAGGUAAACACACACCUCGACCCAUCCCCACAGCCAUGAGUAGGGCUAGCAAAGUGACUUUGGCUUUUUCAUGUGUUCUCACGGCUAUCACAGUUGUUGGUGUUCAUUAUGUGCAAGAGCUGGAAAGAGAUACGCUACACCAAGGUCCCAUAAAGGACGCCAAGAGAAUUGCUGAUAGAAAAGCCAAUCUCGACCCAGAGAAGGAGCGCAAAAAACUGUUCAAUAAAAGUGAACAUGAACUCCAACAAGAACUUCGCAAGAAGUAUGAAUCUGUUCAACCCUUAUCGGGUGAGGUUUUGACCAAGAACGGUGAAAAAGUAGAGUGA